CAUGUACAAAUGAAAUGUGCAUAUUUUAUUGUUUUAUACGUGUCGCAGGCAUGAUGCUAUAAUUCGGAAGUUAUUUUCAAGUAACCAACAAGCUGUGGCAAAAUUAAGAUAAAAUGGCUGGACAACAACAUCCUUUCCCAUCUGGGUUUCCCAAUGUACAACAAUCUGCAAUGAGAACACAAUUUGGUGGAGGACAAAUGGUUUCUGGUUUAAUGGGACCGCAACAGGGCAGUAUGGUAAACCCUCAACAAUUUGGAGUCGGCGUUGGUGGAGUAGGUUCUAAUACUAUGGGUAUGCCUAGUGCUCAACAAGUGUUGGCACAACAGCAACAACAACAACAAUCUGUGGCAAUGCAACAACAAGUACAGCUGCAGCAACAACAGUUACAAUUACAGCAGCAGCAGCAAGCUGCAAUGGUUCAACAAAAUAACCAGACAAGCAAUCAAGCAACUACUCCACAAACUCCUGUACCUCCUACUCAACCACCACCUCAACAACAACAACAAAAUAAAGAAUUUAAUACAGUCAGUUUAUGCAGGUUUGGCCAAGAAACUGUGCAAGAUAUAGUCAGUCGUACAUUAGAAGUCUUCCAAACAUUAAGAGUUCUUCAGCCACCAAAUGGUAUGGCACAAGGAGCAAGUUUAUCCAAUGAAAAAAAGACUAAAGUACAAGACCAAUUAAGAACACUAAAACUAUUAUUCAAACGUUUAAGACUGAUUUAUGAAAAAUGUAAUGAAAACUGCCAACUUCAAGGAAUGGAAUAUACGCAUAUAGAAAGUUUAAUUCCUUUAAAAGAAGAAUGGGAUAUGAAAUCUGACGAGAAGAAGACGUCUGAAGCUUACAGACUUGCUUGUGAGGAGAGCAAGGAAAUUAUAGAGCAAGUUGUACUAAAGAAUAGACAUCUUAAAGAAAUCAUUGAUCAUUUACGACGUAUUAUUUUAGAAAUAAAUACAAUGUUGAACAUGCGUCGAUCAUAAAUCAUAAAUUGUACAUAAAUAUUUAUAUAA